AGUUACCAUAGAAGCAGAGUGAAAACAGAAGAGGGAGCAUUUAACUUUUGAGAGGCCAGCAAACACAACUGCAUGCUACAGGAAGCCGGCUACCUUUAUCAGAACAGCAAUGGAGAUAGUAACAGUGUUUGGUGCUGAUGGUCCUGAGGGUCACAGUGUUGCCCUGAUGCUUCUCCAGAUGGGCACUUUUAAGGUGCGCCCUUUAGUGACAGACCCUAACAGUGACCUAGCACAAAAGCUACAAGCAAUGGGGACUGAAAUAGUAACUGUGGACUUGGACAGUCCCUCAAGCAUCCAGGAGGCACUGAAAGGAGCUAGCAGAUGCUAUGCAAGAACCAUUACUGACUUCUCAGCGAGGGACCCCUUACAGAAAGAAAUCCAGUAUGGAUAUCGGAUUGCAAAUGCUUGUAAAGAGAACAAUAUAAAGCAUGUGGUAUUUCAUGGAAGUCACCAUGUGCAUAGGAGGUUCGGACUACCAGCCAGACAUAUGGAUGCCAAAGCCUGCAUUAAUGACUACAUGAACGAGCUGGGCUUACCCAAAACAGAGAUCAUCACACCAUACUAUUAUGAAAACCUCCUUACAGCCAUUCAGCCAACUGGCUCAAACUGCUAUAAGAUCGCAAUUCCAAUGGGAGAAACAGCCAUGGACAGUAUGAGUGUCAAACAAGUCGGAUCCAUUGUGGCGUCCUUGUUUCAGAAUUCCCAAACCUGGAUUGGAAAGAGCUGUCCUGUCUCCACAGAGAGACUGACAAUUGAAGAAUACGCCUGCAUCUUAACACAGUUUCUCUACCCCAAACAAUUCAAGGAUGCCAGGAUUUCCGUAAAAACCUUUGUGGAUUCUUCUACAAUUCCUGGGAGUCAGGACCUUGGAAAUAUGUUUCAGUUCUGGAAAAAGGGAUCUCAAAAAAUGAAUAUAGCAAUGACAGCAACCCUCUGCCCAGAGAUAAAAACAUUUAAUCAAUGGGUUGCAGAAAACAAAGAAUCAAUCAUUUCAUCCUUGGAAAAAAAGUCCACUAUGUGACUUUUUGUGUUGAGUUGUAUACUGAUUUUAACAUGUAUACUUGUUGGUGGGUGAUGGAACCUCCCGUUUUUCACUAAAAUUAUAGAUUUAUGCUCAGAAAGACAGGACUUUAUUUUUCCCAAAUAAGUCCACUUAAGAAACCAUCUGGUUAUAAAGGGGUCUCUAACUUGAGGCUGAAGACUUUGAAACUGUUUGCUUUUCAUUUGCACAAUUGCUUUCUGUGCUAAAACUAAAGUCGUCUUUAAGAUAAAUUUAACAAAUCAAACAGUAAAAAAUA